AUGACUGAGCACCAAGCCUUUGGACCAGUGCGUCACCCAGAAGGCCCAAUCGAUACUGAGGAUCGGACAUUAGAGAGAUUCUUGAAGUUUGGACCUCCUAAGUUCUAUGGAGGCCCAGAACCUGAGGUAGCAGAAGGUUGGUGGGAGAGGAUCUCUGACAUUUUUGCAACUCUAAAUUAUACGGAGGAGAGACAAGUGACUUUCGCAACAUUCCAGUUUGAGGGAGCUGCCCGUUCUUGGUGGAACCUAAUUAGGGUCAAUUGGGACAGGAACCAUAUUCCUAGAACCUGGGCGAACUUCACAAGGGAGUUCAACGCCAAGUUUCUACCCCCUCUCAUCCAAGAGAAAAGAGAGGAUGACUUCAUCAAGUGUAGGCAGGGGGCGGCGAAUGUCACCGAAUAUGAGAUUCAAUUCACGAAAUUGUCCCGUUUUGCUCCCGAAUUGGUAGCCACGGAGCAAAGGCGUAUAAGGAGGUUUGUGCAGGGACUAAACGUGGAGAUCCAAGAGGGAUUAGCUGCUGUUCGGAUAGACACAUUUGCUGAUGCUGAAGAGAGAGUUCAAAGGGUUGAAGUUGCCAGAACUCAAGUAAAAUCUUUCCAGGCCAAGAAAAGAUUUUCACCUAGCAGCAAUCGGGAGCUGACUUAUGCAAAUGCUCCACCGGCCAAAGUGGGUCGAGGAACGGGUGGAGUAAAUAGUCGUGGAGCACCACGAGACGCUCUAACGAGAGGAGCUGGGGCAAGAGGUGUCGGGGGGAGAGAUAUCGGAGCUAGAGGAGGACCAAGCGGAAGGGGUCAACCCAGGAACGUCUCGCAAGGAGGUAGUGUGACAAAUUCUCAGGUAACUUGUGGGUAUUGCAGGAAAACUGGCCAUACCGAGGACGGAUGCUGGAGGAAAGAAGGAAAGUGCUUGAGGUGCGGAAGCAGCGAGCACCAGAUUGCCGGUUGUCCAAAAAUGCAAGAAGGUGGUACCCCGAGUGCUAAGCAAGCCACUUCUGGAGGAAAUAGGCCGAAAGUUCCUGCCAGAGUGUACGCCAUGGACGACCAACCCGUACCUGAUUCCUCGGAAGUCGUGGAAGGUACUCUUCCGAUCUUUCACCGAUUAGCUAGAGUACUAAUUAUUCCUGGCGCAACUCAUUCAUUUGUGAAUCCAACUUUUAUGUCCGGAAUUGAUGUAAAACCUGUUAGAUUACCCUUUGAUCUUGAAGUUAGGACACCCAUGGGUAAAAAAAGCAUAAUUACUAGCCUGGUCUAUAAGAAUUAUGAAUUCUGGAUUGGAGAGCAUAAGAUGCUAGUAGAUCUAGUCAGUUUGGACAUAAAAGGUUAUGAUGUUAUCAUAGGAAUGGAUUUCCUAACUCAUUACCAUGCUAAGCUUUAUUGUAGAGCAAAAAUGGUAGAAUUUUGGAUUCCCGGGGAAGUAACCCUGAAAUUAGAUGUGAAAGGUAGGUUAGCAUCGUCUGCUAUGAUCUUGGGAAUUCGAGCAAGGAAAAUGUUGUAUAAAGGAGCGCAAGGUUUCUUAGCCUUCCUGAUUAAUGCUCCCAGUGAUCAAGUAAAGUUGGAAGAUGUACCAGUGGAUUUAUUGGGGAGAGGUUUUGUUAGAGAAAGUGAUUCGCCAUGGGGCGCACCUGUUCUAUUUGUUAAGAAAAAGGAUGGAAGUUUAACGUUAUGUAUUGAUUAUCGAGGAUUAAAUGAAGGUACAAUUAAAAAUAAAUACCCUCUACCAUUGAUUGACAGCUUAUUCGAUCAGCUGCAAGGAUCAGUAGUUUUCUCCAAGCUGGAUUUGAUGCAAGGGUAUUAUCAAUUGAAAAUUAAGAAGGAAGACAUACCUAAUACUGCUUUUAAUACAAGAUAUGGACACUUUGAGUUUGCAGUCAUGCCAUUUGGAUUAAUCAAUGCACCAGCUGCCUUCAUGGACUUAAUGCAGAGAGUCUUUAAAAUGGAUCCGGCAAAAGUUGAGGCAGUCACAAUGUGGAAGCAGCCAGAAACUCCAGCAGAGGUUAGAAGUUUUUUGGGUUUAGCAGGUUAUUACAGGCGGUUCAUCAAGGACUUUUCGAAGAUUGCUGGACCUAUGACAGAGCUGACAAAGAAAAGUAAUAAAUUCAUUUGGACUCCAAAGUGCGAAUCAAGCUUUCAAGAGUUAAAGAAGCGCUUAACAUCAGCUCCUGUGUUGACAUUGCCUGACGGAGUAGAAAGUUAUGUCGUAUAUUCUAAUGUCUCUAGGGAAGGUCUAGGAUGCGUACUAAUGCAAAAGGGUAAGGUAGUUGCCUAUGCCUCUAGGAGAUUGAAGCUCACGAACAAAAUUACCCCACGCAUGACCUAG